AGAGAGGAAGAGGGGGCGGUGGAGACCCGCCCAGAACGCAGCCUAAGCAGCAGCUGCGUCAGGAGCAGCCAUUGGAAGGAGCUGUCUGCGGCGAGGAGUGCUGCACUGAGCAUGUUCGAGCCCAUCAGAGUCCAAGCUGCAGCAGCAGCAGCAGCAGCAGCCACAGCAGCAGGAGCCGCCUCGCAUUAUGCAAAGCAGCGGCUCCAGCAGAUGGAAGAGGGGCCAAACAAGAGCGCAUUUCCUUUCCUGCUGGGCAGUUUGCACAUCGGCCUGGCUUCCCCAGGAGUCUCUCCCAGACCAAGCCGGGGAAUGAAAACCUCUGGGAUGGCCUGACUGCAGGCUGGGCGGCAUUGCAGCGGGAUUGCAACAUGGGGAACCAGGAUGGCAAACUGAAGAGGAGUGCAGGUGAUGCCUCCCUAGAAGGAGGAGGAGGUGGCGGUGGCGGGGAGGAUGCUGUUGGGCCCAGAGAUGCUGAAGGCACCAAGAAGGGGAGCGGGGGCAAGAAGGCGCUGGGCAAACAUGGAAAGGGGGGAGGGGGAGGUGGCACUGGAGAGCCUGGCAAGAAGAAGAGCAAGUCAGACUCCAGAGCCUCGGUUUUUUACAACCUGCGGAUCAGGAAGAACCUAUCUAAGGGAAAGGGGGGCGUCGGUUCGCGGGAAGAUGUGCUGGACUCCCAGGCCCUGCAAACAGCGGAGCUGGACAGCGCUCACUCUUUGGUCACCAAGACCCCUGAUCUCAGCCUGUCUGCCGACGAAGUGGGCCUGUCAGAUACAGAGGGCACGGACCCUUUCGAAGUCAGUCGUCCAAGUGAGGCCGGGCCUGCAGGGCUCGGGGUUCAAUCUGCUAUAGAAGGGGAUCUGGAAGCAGCCCCUGGGGUGCAAGAUGGACAAAGGACCAGUUCAGGCUCAGAUACAGACAUAUAUAGCUUUCAUUCAGCCACAGAGCAGGAGGACUUGCUCUCAGAUAUUCAGCAGGCAAUUCGGCUCCAGCAGCAGCAACAGCAGCAGCACCAAGGUGGUGUGGUCAGCUCCGGGGACUCUUCAGUGCCCCUGGGCUCUGCUCCUCUCCAACCCGGGGCUUUCCUUGGCCUGGACCACUUUCUGUUGGGGCCUGUCAGUCGGGCUGGGGAAGCACCAGGGAGUCCAGACACGGAGCAGGCUGUAUCUGCCCUCUCUGACCUCCCAGACAGUUUGCCCCCUGAGCCUCCAGUGCAAGAGAAGCCACCUCCCCCUAGCGCAGUGGAUUGGGAGGUAACUGCCCCGGUGGCUACAACUCUGCCUGCAACCACAGACUCUCCUUCCACUGCCUUCCCCUUCCCAGAGCCAGGGUUGGGGGAGACUGCAACUGUACCCUCUGUUGAGGAAGCAGGAGACACAGAUGAUGAGGAUGAGGAUGCAUUUGAAGAUGCUCCCAGGGGUUCUCCUGGGGAGGAGUGGGAUAAGGGCCCCCAGGAGACUCCCUCUGAGGUAGGAGAGGAGGAGGGGGAAGUGCCAGAGGCAUGCCCAACGCCUCCCCAGAUGGACAGCCCUGCCCCCAGUCCCCGAUGCUUCAAGCCUUACCCACUGAUUAAUCCGUGUUACAUUAAGACCACCACUCGGCAACUUAGCUCACCCAACCACUCACCUUCUCAGUCCCCCAGUCAGAGCCCCCGGUUUAAGAGAAGGCCGGAGCCUUCUUUGAGCCGGGGUCAGAGGGCUACAUUGGCUUCCACUGCUGCCCAGGUCAAGAAGCACAAGGCAGGUGGCAGCAGCCUUGUGGGGGGACUCAGCCGCUCUGCUGACUGGACAGAGGAAGUGGAGAGGAGGGAGCCCAGGGUGGGUGGCUCAGCAGACCUCCUGGAAUGUGGGGCAGCCCAGGAAGGAUCUGCUGGAACCCCUCCAGCUCUGUCCAGAAAGUCCUCAGGAGUUCAGGCUGCCACUGAUGGUUUCCAGAAUGUAUUCACAGGGCGCACUCUGUUGGAAAAGCUGUUUAGCCAGCAAGAGAACGCACCACCAGAAGAAGCGGAGAAAUUUUGUUCUCGGAUUAUUGCGAUGGGUCUUCUACUUCCUUUCAGCGACUGCUUCAGGGAGCAGUGUAACCAGAGUGCUCAGCAAAGCUCAGCUCCAUUUGAUCAAGAUCAACUCUAUACCUGGGCUGCAGUCAGUCAACCCACACAUUCUCUGGAUUACACAGAAGAGCAGUUUCCAAGGAGAAUUCCCUCCAUCUGGCCUCCAGCCAAACCUCCUGAUGAAGAAUAUGGGCCCAAGGAGUCUGCAACAGAGGACACUGAAGAGAUUCAAGCUGCCAUUUUGGAAACACAGAAAAAGUGUUCAGAUGCUGUUCAACAGGAAACUUUUGACAUGAAAUCUGAGGAACAUGCGAAUGUGAUACAGCAGCUGGAACAGACAAUUGAAAAUCUGAGGACCAAAAUAGCUGAACUAGAGAAGCAAUACCCUACCACAGACAUAGAGGUUGUUAAUGGGAAACAAGUGGCUGAGAGGGGAAUGGCUGAAGGUGUCUGUUAUGAAGAUCUUCAAUUAAGUGAAGAAGAUGUAAGACAUCAACGGAUGUUACAUGUCAAAUCAGUACAGACUUCACCAACAGAGGAGGGCAGUGCAUCUGUAAUGCCUUUUGCUAACACACUGCCACAGCAUCUUCCACUCACUCAGGAGGGCAUAAAUGGACAGCCAACUGUGCCACUGACCCCUUCUGGACAUCAAACAAAGUUUUGCUCAGAGAUUUCUUUGAUUGUUUCACCAAGGUUAAUAUCUGUACAGCUUGAUGCAAAUCAAUCCAUACAGUGUGUAUCACAACCUCCACCACCUCCACCUCUCCCAGGUUCUGAUAAUCAAGAAAAGACUCUAAUACAGCCUUCCCCAACACCUUUUAUAACUGAAUGUGUGACCAGCCAUGAACGUUCCCUUCCCACAUCUUUUGAAAAUAGUCAUGUCAUUCUGCCUUCCUCACAUCUUACUGGCAGAGAACUGAAUCCUCCCCUGCCUGGUGCAGGUAUCCCACCACCACCUCCCCUGCCUGGUGUGGACAUUCCACCUCCCCCACCUCUACCUCUUGGUACAGCAACUUCCAUCUCCAUGCCUGGAUCAGGCAUGAUGAUUCCUCCCCCACCUCCUCUUCCUGACAUGACAGUACUACCUACUCCUACACCUCUACCUGGCUUGGAAAUACCCCCUCCUCCACCUCUGCCUGGUGGAGGGGUUCCCCCUCCUCCUCCGCCUUUGCCUGGAGUGGGGAUCCCUCCUCCCCCUCCUCUGCCUGGAGUGGGGAUCCCUCCUCCUCCUCCUCUGCCUGGAGUGGGGAUCCCUCCUCCCCCUCCUCUGCCUGGAGUGGGGAUCCCUCCUCCUCCUCCUCUGCCUGGAGUGGGGAUCCCUCCUCCUCCCCCUCCCCCUCCUCCUCCUCCUCCUCCUCUCCCUGGAGUGGGGAUCCCUCCUCCCCCUCCUCUGCCUGGAGUGGGGGUCCCUCCACCUCCCCCACCUCUGCCUGGAGUGGGGAUCCCUCCUCCUCCUCCUCCUUUGCCUGGAGUGGGGAUCCCUCCUCCCCCUCCUCUGCCUGGUGUGGGGAUCCCUCCUCCCCCUCCUCUGCCUGGUGUGGGGGUCCCUCCACCUCCCCCACCUCUGCCUGGUGUAGGGGUCCCUCCACUUCCACCUCUGCCUGGUGUGGGGAUCCCACCCCUUUCUGCACCUCCUUUGCCACCUGGAUCUGGUCUUCCACUUCCACCACAAGCUGGGGGCAGUGCAUUGCCAAACAUUAUGCUUCCACAAGUAUGUGGAUUCCUUCCUCCUCCAUUGCCAGCUGGCUUAUUUGGAAUAGGCUUGAGUCAGGACAAAGUGAGUAGGAAACAAGCAAUAGAACCUUGUCGACCAAUGAAGCCUCUUUAUUGGACAAGAAUUCAGCUACACAAUAAAAGAGAUUCUAGCACUUCUCUCAUUUGGGAAAAAAUUGAAGAGCCAUCCAUAGAUUGUCAUGAAUUUGAAGAAUUAUUUUCUAAAACUGCUGUAAAGGAGAGGAAGAAACCUAUUUCUGACACUAUAACAAAGACCAAGACUAAACAAGUUGUUAAGUUAUUAAGCAACAAAAGAUCGCAAGCAGUUGGGAUAUUGAUGUCAAGUCUUCAUUUAGAUAUGAAAGACAUACAGCAUGCUGUUGUGAACUUGGAUAACUCUGUGGUUGACCUGGAGACCCUUCAAGCCCUCUAUGAAAAUAGAGCACAGACAGACGAAUUGGAAAAAAUUGAAAAGCAUGGCAGAUCAUGCAAAGAAAAAGAAAAUGCCAAGUCUUUGGACAAACCUGAACAGUUCCUUUAUGAACUGUCACUAAUACCCAACUUUUCAGAGCGAGUCUUUUGCAUCCUGUUCCAGUCAACAUUUUCAGAAAGCAUUUGCUCAAUUCGUCGCAAACUUGAACUACUCCAGAAGUUGUGUGAGACAUUGAAAAAUGGGUCAGGGGUUAUGCAGGUUCUAGGUCUGGUUCUUGCCUUUGGUAAUUACAUGAAUGGUGGGAACAAGACUCGGGGACAGGCAGAUGGUUUUGGAUUAGACAUUCUUCCAAAGCUGAAAGAUGUCAAAAGCAGUGACAAUAGCCGGAGUCUUUUGUCGUAUAUUGUUUCAUAUUAUCUUCGAAAUUUUGAUCAGGAUGCUGGCAAAGAACAAUGUGUUUUUCCACUGCCAGAACCCCAGGACCUCUUUCAGGCCUCCCAGAUGAAGUUUGAUGACUUUCAGAAAGACCUUCGAAAACUAAAGAAAGAUUUGCGAGCCUGUGAAACUGAAGCAGGAAAAGUUUAUCAGAUGUCCCUAGAGGAGCACAUCCAACCUUUCAAAGAAAGUAUGGAGCAAUUCAUUAUUCAAGCAAAAAUUGACCAAGAAGCUGAGGAGCAUUCAUUGACAGCGGCUCAUAAAUGCUUUUUGGAAACUACAGCCUAUUUCUUCAUGAAACCAAAAAUGGGAGAGAAGGAAGUGUCCCCAAAUGUUUUCUUCAGUCUCUGGCAUGAAUUCAGUUCUGACUUUAAAGAUUUCUGGAAAAAAGAGAACAAACUUAUUCUCCAAGAAAGAGUAAAAGAAGCAGAGGAAGUGUGUAGGCAGAAAAAAGAAAAAUCUCUGUAUAAAAUAAAGCCGAAACAUGACUCUGGAAUUAAAGCAAAGAUAAGCAUGAAAAUCUGAUCACCUAAAGUCAGAAUGGAUAUAUCAUUGCCACUAUGUCAACAAAGUUCAAUGUAUUUAGGGGGGAAAGGAAACUACAUCAUUUGGAUCAUUGUUUUUCAUCUUGACCUAAGUCUAGCUUCUGUUUUCUUGACUGAUUCACUGAUCAAUUCCACUGUACUGUGCACAAAUUAAAUAUAAAAAGUAAAAUAAUUAAAUUUAUUGACCCAGAAAAUAAACUACUUUUUACAUUAAAAAAAACCACCUCGUUUUACAUGCAAUAUGUCCUCCUUUUGCGGCAAUCACUUGUAUAGUUUUAUUUGAGAUCCCCAAAUGUUCUUUAUCAUGAAACAACCAUUUUAGCACAUUGAUUUUUACGUGUAUCUUUGACUAACAGUGAAUUUUUCCUUGUUCAUUGCCUAAAAGUUUUAAGUAGAUUUAGAUCAGACAAUUUGCCAGGCUUGUGACACAGUGACACAUCUCUUGAAUACAUUUCCCUAACCUUUCAUGAUAUGUUAUAGUUCAAAGCAGUGGUUUACCAUCUCCAUUUGGUAAUUCCUGUAUUUGUAGAACAACUCUGUUUCUUAGUAUAUCAAGAUAAUUAUCAGACUUCAUCUCUCCCUCGAUGGGUAUAGACUUCUAAGUUCUCUGGAAGAUUUUUUUUAAAGUCUCCAAAAUAUUCUUUGCAGGUAAAUGUUUUACAGUGUGAAAAAGAAUUCCAGAUCUUACAGGCUCACAUGGACUUAUUUUAACACUGUUUUUGGAAUAGCCUUGAAAGAAAAAAAAUAAAUUUCAUCAACAAAAGAUAACAUUUCCCAAUCUUUUUGCAUUUGUUUUAUUUUACACAUAAUGAGCAUUAUUUAUUCAUAACAAUGGUUAGCACCUUAAUUUUAACCCUUUUGUUUUUACUAUUCUUCCAACUUCAAGAAGCAUACACAGCGUAGAGGAAUCAAUAUCAGAUGUUCGAGCUGGAAGCACCUCUCUCACAAGGUCUUUGCUUGUUUUUUUGAGGAUUAAGUAGGUUGUUAGAGAGCAAUUGUUUAUCAGUUUGGGUGCUUUGUUUUUAACUACAUUUCACUUUGCAUGUUGGUGUAAACUGAUAUUUAAUUUGAAGCUUGACUUAUCCUUGAUUUUCCCUUGUCAAAAGCUACUAAAAUAUCCCUAAGAGUAAUAGAAGUAUACACUUUAAGAGGUACAACUUUUACACAUUUUCUCAGAGUAAUACCUAUUCUUAAAAACCACUGAAUUAACAACAACAACAACAACCAGCAAUAUAGAGGACUGAAAUAUGUAUGGCACAAAAUCUAGCCUUCAAAUGAUAGUAAUCUGACUAAAUAUAAGGAAAUCUACUCAAUCCAUUUUCAUCUGGCUAAGGACUGAUGUUCUAAGUCAGCUUGAUGCCAACACAUAUCACAACUGUUAACCAUUCCAAAAUGAAACUAGAUCAAAAGUGCUAUUUUCCCUAAGUAAUUUAUAUGCCGCAUCACAACACAUUCAAAAGCAACAGCAAAAGUAACCCACUGAGUUAGACUAGCAGGAAUACCUUUUAUUUUAUUAUAUUAGAUCAUAUAAUAUUUUAUUUUAAAGCCUAUGGAUUAGUACCAGAAUACCAUAUAAGAAUACACAUAGGGCAGCAUCUACAAUUAUUCUAAACCUAGUGAAAAUUUAAACUUGAUUUUAAGCCCUUAAAUUGCUGUGAUGUGUAUUGUUUCCAUUUCCACUAGCAACUACACUCCACCACACAGCACUGAUAUUUGGGAAGGAAAAUGCUACUCCUAGUGAAUUACUUGCAUCAGUCUCAUGUCCACAUUUGUAUUCUUCAUUUUAAAUAUUUAAGUGCUGUCUACCCAGUAUAAUCAAUGCUUUCCCAACUCAUUGGUUGCUCUCCAUACCCAAAUAAUUGUGAAGAAGAUGAUUAUGGGUAUUUUUUUCCAAUUGCUAAAUUAUUCUAGAUACUGAAUGGGGUCAGGAGAGUUAGGAAGGAGGCCCAACCACAACCAAAAGAAACUGCUCUUUGCAAUUAACAGGAAAGCAAAGGAUUUUUCAUUUUAAUGAGGAUUUUUUUUAUCUAGUUUUAAAUGUUCUGUCCUAAAAGAAACUAAUGAUUUUCUUAGGUACAAUUAUUUAUUGUUUUGUUUUUUGUGGGGCAAUGGGGGUUAAGUGACUUGCCCAAGGUCACACAGCUAGUAAGUGUCAAGUGUCUGAGGCAGGAUUUGAACUCAGGAACUCCUGAAUCCAGGGCUGGUGCUUUAUCCACUGCGCCACCUAACCGCCCCUUAGGUACAAUUAUUUAGAAAUAACAACCUAUCUUUCUCAUUACUGUUUCAUAUACCAUCUCAAACGACCCUUUAAAAAUAUUUGGAAGGAAUUUAAAUGCCACAGAUUUCCACAGCUUGUGGAAAGAACUGGAAUAAAAUAAGCCCCUGAUUGAAUUUUAUUAUUUGCCACCUUCCAGGGUAUUUGAGCAACACUAAAAAGGAAUCAGAAAUGUCCUUGGCUCUUUCCCAAUUAAUAAUAUGCCAGGAUAAUUUAAAAGAUGCAAAAUGAGAAUGUAGUUUUAUUUGCUAUCAAAUAGAUUGUUUUUAAAUUACUUUAAAGGGGUUGUUUUUUUAGUUUUCUUCUAGCUUAGAGGAAAAAAAAUUGAUGGGCUUUAAAAAGUAUUAUGGUGGCAGUAGCCCUACCCAAGGUGAUUCCUUUAAAAAAAAGUAUGUGGUAAUAGUGUUUUGUGGUAAAAGGGGAUAAGUUUUGCUAUUUUGAGCCAGCUAUGGAUAGCAAUUAGAAAGCAUAGGCUACUUCAUAAUCACAUUAUUAUUUAUGUAAAGUAGAGUCUGAUGUUCUUAUAUUUGGGAUUUAUUUUAAGUGUAAAGAUAGAGUAGUUUGUUUAUUUUAUAGCCUUCCUGUUUCCCUCAACUACAUGUAUAUUACCAUACUACAAUGAAGUAAUAGGACAUUUAACAAGAUCAUCAUGUGCAAUACUGUAUUUAGUGUUUCUAUUUCAAUUUUUUCUAGAAUG